AUGACUGAACAAUAUUUUCCUCAUACAGCAACUGAAGGUGGCUACACUGAUUGGUCAGCAUGUUCUGAGUGCAGUUUGGCGUGUGGAGGAGGAACACAGACAUUUAUAAGAACCUGUGUGCCAUUGGACGGUGAGGGCUGCAGUGAACUGGAACCAACUGUGAAGACAGAGUCGUGCAACGAGCAAGACUGCCCUAUUGACGGUGGUUACACUGAUUGGUCGAUUUCUGAGUGCAGUGUGACGUGUGGAGGAGGAAUACAGACACUCACAAGAACCUGCACCAAUCCCUCGCCCUCUAACGGUGGAAAGAAUUGCAGUGGACUGGGACCAUCAGAAGAGGAAGUCUCGUGUAACGAUCAAGAAUGUCCUAUCAACGGAGGUUAUUCUGAUUGGUUGGAAUGCACUGAAUGCAAUGUGACGUGUGGAGGAGGAACAAAGAUACUAACAAGAACCUGCACCAAUCCCCCGCCUGCUAACGGUGGAAAGGACUGCAGUGGACUGGGGCCAGCGGUAAAGAAAGACUCCUGCAACGAACAGGAAUGCCCACCUUCAUGUAAAGCAGGGCUUGACAUUGCAUUAGUUGUCGACAAGUCUAGCAGUAUUAGCAAAAAAAACCUAAAGAAAGCUGCCGAGUUCUUGGAGGAUCUAGUAGAAAAAUUCAACCCUGGACCAGAUGAAGAUCACUUCGGGUUGAUCACUUUUAGCAGGAAGGCCACCACGGCGUUCACCUUCGCCGAUUCAGAGUACCACGACAAGGAAGCCCUCAGGCAGGGAAUAGCCAGCCGACUAGUUGAGCCAGGAAGAGGAACUCGUACCGACCUCGCACUGAGGGCAGCAAAUGAACUGUUUACAGAGGCUGGGGGAGACAGAGCAGACAAACCAGAUCUCAUGAUUGUGCUUACGGAUGGAAAUCCAAAUCACCUCAGAAAGACGACUUUCGAAGAGUUUGCCAAGGAAAUAGCGAAAAGUUUUGAGGCAAAAGAUAUUUACAUAGUAGCAGUGGGGAUUGGUAAACGAAUCAAUGAAGAGAAUCUGCGGUUGAUCGCGGGAGUUUUUGACGAUGAAGAAGAUACAGACCGAGUGGUCCAGGUGGAGAACUUUGAUAAACUACAAACGAAGAUUGAUGAAAUCAAAGAAUCCGCUUGUUCGGAUUGAAGAAGCUUGGCAUUUAAAUGCUCAGAAAAUUGGUCAAACUAUUGCAUGGAGCACAGACUUAUGUAUACACAUUGUACCUGACUUUGUAAUAGGUUAAAUUAAAUGCAUUUUCAUGUAUUGUAAAUGCAUGCUUGUGAUUGUAGGGACAAGAUAAGAUUUAAGUAAACUACAUUGCAGAUGUUUGUUCCAAUUUCAUCUGCCAGUGCGACUGCAUAUUGUUUUCAUUUUAUGUAACAAAAGUCCAAAAGAUAAUUCGUAAAGUUUAGCCAAAUAAUUUACGGCUUUCAUUUUGAUAUACAGUUGUUACUUGUCAGAAUCCGUGUAUUGCCUAGAGAUCAAUAAAUCAGUCACUUUAACUUUCAGGCCGCGAUCUUUUGGGUCAGCACCAAGAAAUCGACCUCUGGGAGAAAUCGAGAUGUGAGCCGGCGCUAUUCACAACGGCUACACAUGCGCACAACCAAAAAGGUUCUUUUGUUCCAGGUAGCACAUUCGGUUUAUAAACGGCGCCUCUCUUAUAUCUAUUAAGAGCUCUUGUAACUCCCCUCCUUAUAGACUGCGGAAAAUUAGUCAAGAAAUUUUCCCCUUUCCCCUUCUCCUUUCCCUGCUCACCUCCCCUCAGCUCAUCGUGCUCGUUUGUACCUAGGGUCUCCCUUACUUGGAGCGUAGUAACAAUGUUUCCACAAAUCUACGAUGGCGCUUGGCAGUCCGUGUCUUGAAUUUCCCUACCCUGGUCAAACAGAGGAUAUUUGACACAGCGUUUUUUCAUCAAAGGACAGACAAAUGUUCUGACGCAUUUUAAAGUUCAAAUAGUUAAUUUCAUUUGUAACAUGAUCUAUCUUUGAUAUCAUGGUUACAAAAUAACAGCCAACCAUUGUCUUCAAUUUCAAUCGGAAAGUUCACAAAAAUAUCCAUCGGAACAAAACAUGUGAAGUUCUCGCUAAAUUUGCCGACAGUUGAGAGAGAACAUAGUUAGUAGACUAACUAUGAUGAAAGCAAGUGUUAGCCAGAGUUUUCCUUUCUCCUGACAGUUUGCAAGGGUUUAACAUGUCUUCAAAUGUGCGGAUCGUCUACUUAUUUUAGUCUGGUUAGCAAAUGAAACUCUAGCGAGGAUAUAAACGGGAUUUCAAUUCAAAAACACACUUGUUGUUUAUAGUUUCUUUAUUGUGCUCUGAACAAGGUUACACACAAAUCACACAGAGAAUCAAAAAGAAAUAUUCUUGC